AGCGACACGCGACCAUUUAGAAUCGUAUAUUAUCUUUUUUCGUAGUAGAAAGUAGUGCUGUAUUAGUACUAUGUUUAUAAGGUAAGUUGUGCCAAAUAAAGUAUUGAUUGUGCUUUUAGUCUUAGCAAGUUUUCUUUUCAUUCUCAAAUUGCAAAAUUAACGUCGUCACCAAAGCAAUUGCAAUUUGUGCCAAGAGCAUUUCCAUUUAGUGAGAAGUUUUUUUGAAGUCAUAAGAAUGCACUCUUUGAUGUAUCACAUUUGACGAUACUUUUUUUUUUUCAAAACGAUCUUCAUUGUCUCGCGCGACAAUCCGAACUUGUAUUUUUUCAACCAAUGAACACUACGCUAAAAAUCAUUUUUACGCUUUAAUUUUCCGCUCCCGCUGCAGCACCACUGACUCUCACGACUUCGGCCACAGAGGCACACGUCUUCACCUUUUCCUCAAAACCAGAUCCUCGAGGGAACAACAACAAAGGCAUUCUUGUGCCGAACGUAGAAGCGCGCAGAUGAAGUGCGAGGGCCUGCGCUGCCAACCCUCUGCUCUGCAGGUGCCAGGGAUGUGAGCAUGAAGGUCACGCUUCGUCAGGGUUGACCGUCGUAAGAACACCGCGCAAUAGAAUUGAGGGCAACAGUACCACAAAAAGUGCGGGUAGCUGUUUCAGAAAGAAGUGCGCUUCGUCCUCGUCCUUUUCCACGACUAACAAGUGACAACAGCAGAAGAAACGUAGCCCGAACAUCAAGCCGAUCACGACGUCAACGAAGUCGUGCUUUUCAAGCUGCGACACACCACCGACGACUUCCGCUAAGCUAACAGACUGUAGUAGCCAUCAAAAUGCUGAAAACGCACAAGUACUGCGAGAUUUGCCGCGACGAGGGUGAAUUGGACAUCCGGUGUUGCGCGUGCGGUGGCGCCUUUCACGCGUUUUGCUACGCGGAAUGCUACGACCCGGCGCGACUGAAACUUCCCAGAGAGGGUUGGACCUGCGAACCCUGCCACAACAAGUACGGGGAGACGUUUUGCCACCUCUGCAACAACCACUUCGAUUUACAGAAAGAGGAGCGGAAAAACAUCCAAAAAUGCCCCGGUUGCGCGAAGCAGGUGCACGUUUCCUGUGCGCAGAAACUCCAGCUUCUCGUCGACACCAGCAGAGGGGAAUUGGUGAGUACCUGUCAGCAGCAGGGUCUGCAGGUGAAGGGCGAAAAUGUCAUGUACGUGUGCCACGACUGCACGAAGAGGAUAAAAAUGAAAGUCCGGAGGUCCGCGCACACGCAGCAUGGGCGGGUGGUGAGCUGUGACAGCAACAAAGCGGCGUCGGCAACGAACAAGCAGAACUUGUUGCACCAGGCGUUUUGCGAAGUGUGCCAGAAGGGCGGAAAGCUGCUGCUCUGUGACACCUGCCCGAAAAGUUACCACGCAACAUGUAUAGAAAUGAUUGGUCGUAGUUUCAAUGCGGUAGGGGUAGCUGUUCUUGCGUAAAUCAAAAUCAAUCAGUGCGAUGCUUCGCUUUAUUCUUGUUGAAUCUGCUCAUGCGGCAUACUCUUCCUCAUGCUCCUCAUACCCAGCGUCAAAAUAACAUCAAUCACAAAUUCUAUCAGGUAUCGAGCACUUAGUCUCCCUCGAAUCUGUCGGCCUCCAGCAGGAGUGGCGGUGCCCGGUUUGCACCGGGAUCGACCUCUACAACAACCCCGAUGCCGUCCGGCUCUCGGAGCACGAACUUUCGCAACGGCUGCAGCUGAAGAACCAGCACAACAUGCGCAGGAUCAAGUGGGUCACGCGAAGGAGAAACGCGUACUUGAACUCCAUGCUGCACGACAUCGAGCCGUUCGUGUCGAAGAAGAUUCUGAAACAGAUCAAAGACGACAGGGACGUGCGGGACCGGCACUUCCGGAUGGGGGACGUGAUCAAGGUGACACCAGAUCGGAGCGGGAUAAGCGCUUUUGCGUUUAAGAAGAAGGUGGAACAAGAUCUCAUUUGCGAAGAGGCAAAAGAUGAUGACCCGAUGGACGUCGACGGAGAGGAAAACAGUGCGAGUGCGGAGAGUAAGACGAGUAAGAAAAACGGAGCGGUGGAGGAUAAGUCAUUGUCCGGCCACGCGGUGUGGAAGCCCUUUGUCGGUACAGAUCAUGCUUCGUCGUGUCAGGCACGAUUCAAUUAUUCUUGCACUGGUCAAAUUCUAAUGCAACACUCAUUUCAAUUUCAUCCAUGAUUUUUUGAACUUGAUGUGAGGUAGUCAGUGUUUCGCCGUCUCUGGUGUUCCUGUAACAUCAACCCGGAAAUAAAUACAAAUCACUAUCAGGCACCGUCCUCGAGGAGUCCUCCAUGUCGGAAGACGACAGCCUAACUGUCGUGGACCACGCUGACCCAGAAACCAUUGUCAAAGUCAAACCCUACGUCUGCCAGUUCCUGUGCAGCGGGUCGCAGAGGCGACUAAGAAAAUUCCACACCACCCCUCCCGACGCGUCGGUCUUUCUGUCGAGAACGAAAAACGGGGUGGAUUUCUUAGCCGAGGGCGUGAAACUGAAGGACUACCAGGUUUUUGGUGUCGAUUGGAUCACAAACUGUUUCUGCGACCGAGGAGGCUGCAUCUUAGCGGACGACAUGGGGCUCGGGAAAACGCUGCAGGCGCUGGCUUUCUUGGCGUAUUGAGCCUUUAUUUGAGCCGUGGAAAAUUUGUGAUUUAAUGUUAAUUUGCAAUGCUGUUGCUGAAUUCUAUUUGCAUGACUCGGAUACUAGGUUGUCUUGCAGGAUUUUUUGCACCUAAGAAUAAGUAUUUACAAAAAAUCCCAGCAACCUCCACCACUCCGGCAACCAAGGGCCGCACCUUGUGGUCGUCCCCUAUGCGGUCGUCGGUAACUGGAUCCGCGAAGUGAGGCGAUUUUGCCCGCAACUACGGGUGGCGAAGCUAGCGGGCGGGAAGAACGAGUGGGAAUUUGUUUUGGAAAACAACGAAGUGAGGUACGGGGAGAGAGACCUGUACAUCACCACGUACGAGACCCUGGUCAGCUCCGAACCCUUUUUCGCCAGCAUCGUAUUAUUUUUUGUUUUACGAUGUACUGUAGUACUACUGUAGUUUCUGUUGCGGCUUUUGGCAUUAUUAUACGUCGCAAACACUGCUGCUAGUUCUUGCAAUACAAAUUAUCACCUGAAAAAAUUUAUUCCCGAACGUGUAUACGCAUUUCGAUUUCCACCACAGGUCUGGUCAUCCAUCAUCCUCGACGAGGCGCACCGCAUCAAGAACCAGGUCGGCCGCGUGAGGCAAACCCUCGCCCACGUCGAGACCUCUUUCCGCUUACUUUUGACCGGCACGCCGUUGCAAAACAACAUCCAGGAGCUUUUCGUCCUGUUAAACUACCUGUGGCCGGAUGUUCUGCAGGAUAGCAAAUCCUUCGAGGAAGCCAUCUCCUUCGAGAACGUCGCCACCAUCGCCGCGGAAACGGAUAAUAAGGAGCGGAAAACUGACCCGGACGUUUUCCCGUUUCUACACCAGGACACGAUCUCGAAAGAGAACCAGCUCGCGAAGACCAAUGGCUUCCAAACGAACGAGUCUUUGCUGCAAAAAGUCCGGGGCCUGCUCGAGCGGUUGAUGUUGAGGAGGACGAAAGCGGAAGUUUUGCGGCUCCCCCCAAAACACAUCCGGGACGUGUGGCUGCCGUUGGCCCCCGCGGGGGUGAACUGGGCGCGACUGAUCUACCGGUGCCACGACGAAUUACAGCUGCGAAGAAAGCAGCAGAACGGAGUCCGGCAGCUGAUGGGAUUGCUCCUGAAAAUCCGAAUUAUUUGCUGCCAUCCGAAAUCUCUACUCCGGUCGAAGUCGGGCACGGACUUGUUCUCGGAGUUUGAAGUGGCGAAGCGCGGGAACUACCAGCAUUAUUUACAGCAGGUCUCCGGGGAGAUGCAUUUACAAUCGUCGAACAAGAUGAUGUUUUUGGAUAAGCUGUUAACCCAACUGUAUUGCGAAAACGUGGAUAAAAUUCCAUUAUGGGAGGAAAAACACAAGAAUUCCACGAGGGAGCAGCGACCGAUUUGCUGUGCGGAAGAUGAUGUGAAGCAACACGUGCAGAACAUUGAUUUGUACGCGGAUGUGAUGAAAGUGUACGAUGUGGACCAAGGAAUGAUGGUCGGGAAUCAAGCGCACAUCGCCGGGACGCAGCAGAUUCUGGGGGAGGAAAAUGUUGGAGAAAAUGGUGGUGAUGUGGAAAACGACUUUAACGGUGCACCAAACGGCACGACGACGACGACGGAAGUUGUAGCGGAAGGUGCUGAUGGCACAACUACGGGGAUAACACCAGCAUCAGCUUCCUCUGUGGUGCAACUUCAGGCUGGAGGUCAGCAAACCGGCUCCUCCUUGUCUUCCUCCUCUUCAUCUGGAGUUCCAGGAAUAACUGCUGGCGCACCAGCAGCCGCUAGUUCAUCAUCCUCCAGCAAAACCACGACUGCGAAAAUAAACCAAAAACAAAACUCCAACCCCGCGACCACCGCCCAGUUCAAACCGCACAAGAUCAUUCUUUUCACCCAAUUCCAGAUGGUGUUAGACGAGCUCGAGGCGUAUUGUAAAUGGAGAAAUUGGAAGUAUUUGCGGUUGGACGGGACGACGAACAAGGUGAUCAGGGAGCUUAUCAACUGCAAAAGUGUCAUCUGGGUCUGGAAAGACGGAACUUGUAAUGCGCAUCUCACACCACACAAAAAUCUCUCAUGCAUAGACAGCAAGAGUUGCCCACUUCUUCACCGAAAAAAUAGGCGAUUUGUCAUGCGGAUUAGCAGGCAUCGACGCAGCUUCUCAAAACCUGUAAUGCUAGACCUUGCUUGCUAGACCUUCGGGGUCAUGAAAAAACAGCAUGACAAAAAUCUGCAUCCUUCCAGACCCAGACAUUUUUGCAUUUGAUAGAGCUGGAUGUGAAGGAAUUCAACUCUCCGGAUUCCCACCACUUGAUUUUCCUCAUGUCGACGCGGGCGGGGGGAGUGGGGAUCAACCUGCAAUCCGCAAAUUUCGUCUGCAUCUACGACCAGGAUUGGAACCCGCACAUUGACACGCAGGCCAUGGACCGCGCGCACCGGAUCGGGCAGGACCGGCCCGUGACAGUGUAUCGAAUGUUGACGGAGUGGACGGUUGAGGAGAGACUCGCCCACCGCUGCGAACAGAAAAUGAAUUUGAACAAGCAACUCCUAGACGAUGACCUCGGGCACGAGGCGAGCGACGAGAAACUCUCCAUGCACGAAGUUUUAUCCUAUUUGAGGCACGGGCGCCAGGUUUUGACCCAGCAAUUUUCCGGGGAGUCGAUUUUGGACAAGUCCAUUCCGAACGUGCUGGAAAGAACCCACCAGCCAUUGCCGAUGCCCGGGAUGAGGAAUAAUUUUUUGGCAGCUCCUGCAGGCCAGGGUCAACAGAAUCCGUAUGGUGCCGCGCUACAGUCCGGAUCUUCCGGCAGUUCCCUCCCAUCCCCCUCUGAUUCGGAGGACAAUGACCCGCAAAACCGGCAACUCAUGACCUUUUCCGUGAACGAACUGAAUGGAGGAACCGCUUCGGACGCGAAUAGUGGGGUUAAUUCUACUACUAGAGGGGUGGACGAGGGAAUUCUCAGCUCCGCCUCCUCCGCUUCGGGCGUGCAGAGCUCCGCGACGUCUAGCUGGACUAGGAAUAAUACUAGCCAUCUAGCCCCCCAGACCCAGCAGGGCAUGGUGGGAGCGGCCGUGGCGGCGAAGCACGGCGGACUAUUGCACCACCAGAUGCGGCCGCCGUUUCACCCACCGCCGGGAGCUCCUGCAGGUGGCAACAGCAUGAUGUUCCCGCAGGUCGGGUCUUCCGCCGCCUCCUCCUCGUCAAAGCCACCUAACAAUUUCGGGCUGGCACCCUACAAUGUCAAUCCUGGUCAAGGCCAUCCGGGGGCGCAAACGGGUGCUGGUGGUGUGACUCUUAACGGUCAGCAACAACUGGGUCCUCUUCCGCAAAACGUGAAUAACAAGGCGAAGCCGCAGCAACUCUCUUCAGUCGACGAGCAAAUCAAGAACGGCGGUGGCAGCUUCCGCGGCGGCUCCACAACCAUCACAAACGACCAGGGGGUGACCCUCCGGAGGUCGACGCGGAUAAAACGGCAGCCGCAGAAGAUGCAGAUGGCGGAGGAGAUUCUGGCGGUGGAAGUGGAGCAGGCCCGGAAAAAGCACAUUUUCAACUUCAAGUACGAUCGGAUCUGCUUUGCGUGCAAGGAGCCGGUCUUCGACGCGAAGGGCAACCCGAUCCCAAUUGACUGCAGCAAUUUGGACGACAAGGACCUGAAGGUUAACGGCGUUUUGAAGUACGAGUGCAAGGAGGGGGAGCCGUGUCGGUCCGGGUUCGAGGCGUUGGUCUGCGAGCGCUGUCCGAAAACCUUCCACGCAAAGUGUCAAGGCGUGGAAGUGAUGCCAAAGAAAUUUGUCUGCUCCUGGCACGAAUGUCUGUGCUGCAGGAGAAGAGCGGGGGACGUUGGCGGGAUGUUGGUCCAGUGCACCGGCUGCCCCAAAGCGUACUGCAUCGAUUGCUUUCCCCAGUCUUUUCGAAGGGUGUACCCGGAAGACUCCUUCUUCAAACGACUGCAAGCGCAGGGCUGGGACUUCGCGACCCGCGAGCGCAUGGUGAACUUUGAGUGCAACGAUUGCCGGGUGAGACGGGAGUUUUCGGAGAAGAAGGCGUUGGAUCUGGAGGAGCAGAGGAAAAAGGAAAGGGAAUUGAACGAGAUCGAGAAAAAACGGUUGCGGGACGAGAAAAAGCAGACGGAGAAGCAGUCACGAUUGCAGGCGAAGGAAGAGCAGGAGAAGUUGAGGCUCGCGAAAGAAGAGGAAGACGCGGCGCUGGGGAAGGCCAUGAAGAAGUUGCGAAACAAGAAGAAUUUGAGCCAGAGUCCCGAUGGGGCAGUCGUGUCCGAAGGAGGGGGUACCAAUGAAGACGCGGGUAGUUCUAACUUGAACCAAGCAGAUAGUAGUGCUGUCAGUGAGAAAAAGAGGAAGCGCGAAGAGCAGAAAUCGUGGGUGGCCAUCCGGGAAAAAAUGCGGGAGAAGUACAACAUAUCAAAUGUAAAAAUGUCUGGGUCUGGAAACUUGUGAUGCUGGAUGGCGUCUCCUGAUGAGGCCACAAGCGCUGGCUCAGCAUGACAAGUUUCUGAGCUUCUAGGUGUUGCCUAUUCUGCAUGACAAACUGCGUUUCUGCAUCACAGAAAAGUGGAGCUCUUGCUGGGUAACGUGCAUGACAGAUUUAAGAGUCAUGCCAGACAAGCAUGACAAAGACAAACAUGCAGAUGCACUCUUCCAGACCCAGACAUUUUUGCAUUUGAUACAACAGUUUGUGCGAAAAACGGCUUUCCCCCGAGCUGCAAAAACGGAUACAGAUGUUCCGGGAGGAUUAUGAGAAGUUGAAAGGGUUGCAAGGUGAAAUUAACGGUGAUCCAACUAGUAUCAAAAAAUACGACGAAAAUGCAGCAGCGGAAGCGGAAAUCAUAGGAAAUACAACAGAAGAAAAAUCCGGCGCGUACCAUCAGGUGUCGAAGAAACUGUUGAAGCAGCAUUUGUUCGAUUUAUAUUAUGAGCUGGAGGAGAACAUCACCCUGGAGCUUUGCGUCUCCCACUUGGAAUUUGCGAAAAAGGAACAAGUUGACGACCCGCAGCUUGUAUGCAUUGCAAAAGUAUCGUACUAGUAUAAAUUGCAUCACAAAUUUUGGCAAGAAGAAAAGUGGAAUCUGUAAUGCUGUUUUACCUUAAGAAGGAGAUUUGUCAUGCAUAUUUGCAAUUAGUACGAGUGCGAUACUUUUGCACAGGAUAGCUGGACAAAACGAGGAACUUUGUGGACAUGCUUCCGUUAUGCAUUGCAAAUAUGUCUGGGUCUGGAAGGUUGGAACUUGUGAUGCUCACUUUGCAUUCUAAAAAAAUCUGUAUUGCAUGACCAGAAAGAGGAGCCCAGUUUGUGCUACGCGGGGAGGGCAUUUGUCAUGCGGGAUAGGCAUCAGGAAGGCCUCUAAAAAUAUGUGACGCUCGAUCAUACAUUACAGACAUCCUGGGUCAUGCAAAAUAUGCAUGACAAACCUGGCAACCUUCCAGACCCAGAUAUUUUUCCAUUUGAUAUCCAUUAUGCCGAACCUGCUACAUCCCGGGACACAAGCAGACGGAAUGCCCGCUUGGGGCGGAUUGGCAGAAUUUGGUAUCACUAUCAUGAUAUAUGUCAUAGAUGUUGAGUUAGUGCGUAGAUAUAGAUUUCUUGCCUGCAGUUCCUUGCAAUCGAAAUUCUGCAAGUUGUUGUAAUGCAGUGAGUACCAUAAUCAUGAUCUUCGUGUUCGUCUUCCACAUGCCAUCCGUUUUUUGCCAUUGGAUAGUCUCAACGGGACACGACCUACCGCCUUGAAUUUUUGCAAUAUGAUGUUCAUGUCAAAACAAAAAUCAAAAAUAGGACAAGGAGAACACCGACAAGAAGGCCCGGAAGCAGCGGGGUUGUACUAUUUGCGGGAAAACGACCCACGGGCGCCGGCAGUGUCCCGACAUGAGCGAUGAGGAGCGGAAGGAGACGGGGGAAGUGUUCGCGAAAUUAGAGAAAUUGAUGGAGCAGCUGGAAGAGGUCAAGCCGGUGGUUUGUCGUCCUGCAGAUGAUCACGUUGAAUCAGAACCACACGACAACGACAAAACAAUUAUCACGACUGUUUCCUACCUUCCAGCCUACGACAGCAUGCAUCUGGACGAGUGCUGCAAAAACGAGGGGAACCGAGUUCUGCGGGCGGUCAUUCUGCCUAUGGUGAGACAACUUGGGCUGGAGAAAUUUGUCCUCCACAAGCCCGAAGAUUUGGAAGAUAAUCUGACCAGGAAACAACAAGCGAAACUUUUGGAGGCAGCGCAAGUAGCCGCGGGAGUAGAAGCGGAGGAAGAGAAAAAACAGGAACUCGCUGGUGAAGGCGCGGCAGAGCAGGGCGAUAAAGCGCAAAUAAAUGCAGACACGACGGCGACAUCGACCACCGCAAAUAGCAAGUCCCGAAAGCGCCAGCAAAAGGAAGAGGCGCCGCCGAUUUUGUCAAAACGACAACGGAAGAUCGCCGACGAAACAGGUACUAAAGAUAAGGCUAAAGAUAGUAGUAAAGCAAAAACGACUUCAACUAAAACUACUGGUACAACAACUUCCAAGAAAGAUACUAGCAAAACAUCUUCCGCUACGGCCAGUACUAAAAAUAGUGCAAAAACAAGUACUUCUACUACUUCUUCGAAAAGCAAACAAAAACCCUCGUCUUCCCUCGAAUUAGAGCAUCAGAAGAGUGGUAGUAGCGUUGCAGGAGAUCAACAUAGCGGAAACAAGAAUAAAACUGGUCCCGCAGGAGCUAAAAAUUCUACUAGUAGUACUAGCGCUUGUAUUAAGGGUAGCGGUAAAAAAUCAAUGAAGCAAGUGAAGAAGGAUCAUAAAGAUGCUGGACAGAAAAAUAGCUCUACUUCUACUACUGCUAAUUCCUCCUCGGCCGUUGCCUCGACAACUACCUCAUCUAAAGGAGCCACUUCUAAAAACAAAACCACUUCGACGUCCACGAUUGGGUCGUCUAGUUCUGCCUCUGGAGCUGCAGGUCGCGACACCAAAUCCAAAGACACAAAAACAACUACUUCUGGUGAGAAUAAAUCCACCCUCGGCGAGAAAAAUAAACCCAAAGCGAUGAAGACAGCGGCAAAGAAGAAUAAGGAGGAAGUUCUGUCAUCCUCAACUACCGAGCGUAUGGAACUCGAGGCGGAUAAACAGAAUGCAACUGCUGGCGCUAUACCCGCCGCCGCGCCCACGGACGAGGUGGUCCUCCUGAAUAAAGAUGAGCAGACCUCCACUCCUGCGGGAAAGAACACUACCACCACGGCGAAGCUGAAUGGAGAUUUUGGCACCAGCGGGACCGCGUCUUCCUCCACAGCAGCUGCGAAGAUGAAAAACGACCAGGGUGAUAAUCUUCCGAAGGAGAUGGAUGUUGAUAUGCAAGAACUACAACCAGCGGAUGAAAUAAAUACCUCCGCGCACCAGCUGCUCAACAUGUCCAUCUCCUCCACGUCAAGCAAGAAGUCUGCCAUGAAAACCGCUAGUAGGAUCGCACCGUUACAACUCGGAGCCACGAGCGGAGUAGACACCGACACCAAAAAGAAUAAAGCCGGAAGCGGUAGCAAGAAGAAGUCCUCUACUUCGUCCCGUGGUUCCUCGGUCGCCAGCGGUGGCGAAGGGGUGGACAAAAGCAUGAAGGCCGUGGCGAAGAAAUGUAGUUCUUAAACGAGCAGGAGGUGCGGUUUCACAAUCAAGGGGAACUCGAAAAUGAAGUUCUAUAUAGCAGUGCCAGUGGUGGAUGUGGAUCUGAAUGUAUCUAGAGUCAAAGUGGUUGGAUGAUGUUUCCUUGAAGUAGAAGUAGCUCAUCGGUCUCCGACGGAGACGAAUGCGAUGAGAAGACCUGGUGGAGGUGGAAGUGCUUAAAGGAACGUCAGCGAGUGGUGUGACAGUCCGAUGGCGAUUGAUUUAUAUUGUUUCUGUUUCACACGGUAUUAAGGAAGACCAGCGGCAUUCCAAUGAACAAAAUCUAAAUGAAAGCACUUGCCUAGUAUGCCAACAUAAAAAUUGCUGAAUUAGCCAUCAAGCCCUAGAUCAUGCAAGCGCCGCCCACUGCCACUUCUUCCACCAAUACUAGUUUCGACAUAGAUGAGUCGUGGCGAGCAAAUAUAAUGAAAGACGCCCAGUAGCAUGAGGGAAUCCUGCUGUUUGAUUUUGAUUCGAACCAGUAGCGACCACAAGAAUUUUUCUGAUAACUAUUGUCUGAGUCUGCUCCCUUAAAUUUUUUUCCACACCUAACGAGCCACUCUAUCAUGUUUCCAUACUAUCUUAAUCUUUUGUUUAGAAACUUUUGAUUCGUUUUCGUUGACUUCUUGUCUGCGAGCGAGCUCACGCAGAAGUUUAGUCCACUUGGAAAUAGUCAGCUCCUCGCAGUUGCUAUUGAAGCCGCAACUUUUUCCAAGCCAUCGCUUUUUCCACAGAACUUUCUUUCUUUACAAGCAAAAUAAACGCCACGCGACUACAAAAUAUUAAACGCCACACGACUACUUCUUCAUUAAAAACACAAAGUGAAGUUGUCUUCUGAUGGUCUGUUUACGAAAAUUAAUAGCUAAUAUUAAAUCCAACGACAACGAAAGGAAAAUGAUCUAUGAUGUCCAGAAGAUUCUUGAAAGUAUCUAUUUGCGACUUGCUCUGUUGGGCCGAAAUCUUGGCAUACUCAUUUGAAGCGAACAGAUAAACGGCUACGGCGUACUCGUGCGGGUCGAAGCUGCCGACUCGUCGAAAAAACGCAGGGCGUGCGGGCAACCUCGCAGACAGUUGUGAAGAUGGGUGUUUUCCAGAUGCAGCUGCCUGGAGACUGUUUAUUUCAGCAGAAGCGCUUUGACGUCUAUGUCUAUCUCAAUUCAUAGUAUUGCUUGCAAGGCCCGCCACCAUAUUUUCUUUUUUUGAUUUUGAGAGAAAAAAGUGCGACGAAGUACGUUGGACCGAGAAAAUUUCUCCGUGCGCACUUUUUUUUUAUCCGAGUUACAGCAGUCUGGAGGGUCACCUGAAAAUCACUACAGUUUUCCCAAGAGAGAAGCUAUUCCAGUUUUUUCUUUUUGCCUACCAGUACCACCUACCGUUUACAUGACCCACCGAUGCUAAGGCUAGCCAGAGCGAAGAUGUUGAGAGGUAGUGCGAGAAGAUCCCAGUCCCACUUAACUAUAGUGUUAGUUAUAGUUUCUGCUAGCAUCUCUCGUCACUCAUACGCACUGCACUACUUCUCCUAAGUAACGAUCCAUAUACUUACAUAUUUUCUCGACAAAAAUACAUUAGUAUCAGGUCACCGCUCUACUCCUGCAACGCUACUACUACGUUACAAUGAAUAAGUGCUUUUCAGCCAAUACACUGAUAAAGCCCUACACUGUAGUGGGAGUCGGUACUUCGACUUUUCGUUUAUUUCCUCUAUACAAAACAGGUAUUUUACCUGGCCAGGCGCGUUUCUGGACCGACACGGCAGCA